AUCCACAAAAAAAAUUUCAUACCCGAAUCCCAUCCCAUAACUCUAGGUUGCUGAAACAUCGACGGAGUUAGAAAGUGGCAUGUGGCAAUCGCCAAACCAACUACCUACUAACCACUUACCUCAAUUCUACUCGUACUUAGUACUUACAAUUUAAUGGGAUCAACUACUUUUAAUGCCCAGUUCUUUCAUUUCCCUGCCAUUUUAGCCCAUCUCAUCGUGAACUAGCUGCUUCUUCGUCAUUUCCUUCUCAUUCUCUCUCCUCUUCUUCUCUGAUUGGUAAAAACAGAAGAUUUGUAAGAAGAUUUUGUGUUGCAAUGGCUACUGAUUCGAAUAAGCCUACUAUCCUUGUUACUGGUGCUGGUGGUAGAACUGGCCAAAUUGUCUACAAUAAGUUGAAGGAAAGAUCCAACCACUUUAAUGGGAGAGGUUUAGUCCGAACAGAGGAGAGUAAGCAGACAAUUGGUGGAGCUGAUGAUGUUUUUGUUGGAGACAUUAGAGAUCCUGAUAGCUUUGUUCCUGUUAUCCAAGGCAUUGAUGCUCUUAUAAUUCUUACAAGUGCUGUACCAAAAAUGAAACCAGGAUCUAAUCCAGCCUUACAAAAGCCUGAAUUUUGUUUUGAAGAGGGCGCAUAUCCAGAGCAGGUUGACUGGAUAGGACAGAAGAAUCAAAUAGAUGCUGCCAAAGCUGCUGGUGUGAAGCAAAUAGUUGUGGUUGGAUCUAUGGGAGGAACAAACCCUGAUCAUCCCCUAAACAGCCUUGGAAAAGGAAAUAUAUUGGUAUGGAAGAGAAAGGCUGAACAGUAUCUGGCUGAUUCUGGAAUCCCAUAUACAAUCAUAAGGGCUGGAGGCUUGCUUGACAAACCUGGAGGUGUCAGGGAAUUGCUUGUCGGUAAGGACGAUGAACUUCUUCAAACCGAGACAAGAACUGUUCCAAGGGCUGAUGUUGCAGAAGUCUGCCUGCAGGCUUUGAAAUUUGAGGAGGCAAAGUUUAAGGCUUUUGACUUGGCUUCGAAAGCAGAGGGAAGUGGUGCACCAACCACGGAUUUUAGAGCUCUCUUCUCCCAAGUCACAACUCGUUUUUAAUUUAUCAUAGCGACACUAGGCUCUUUGGCUAUCGUAGAUGUAUGUGUAUGGAUUGCAAGCAACAACUUUGUUAAUUGUUUUACUACCUGUAAUUUUGGGGUUUAAAUUCUGAAUAGUAACCAUGUACUUUUGCUCAUUUUCAAUGGUAACAAAAUAUUUGGCGUAUUCUCCCAAAAAACAUUACUUUUAU